AUGACAUCUGUGGAAACAGAUAGAACACUGAAGGAAGUAGAGACCUCAAGAUUUGGAGCUGUCAGCUACAGAGAGGAUGGAACAGACUGUGGCCAAGGUUUUAACCUGAAAUCAAGCCUUCUCCAACACCAGCAGACACACUCAAGGGAGAAGCCUUUUGUUUGCAGUGAGUGUGGUCGACGAUUUGCUCAGAAUUUAGCCUUGCUCUGCCACCAAAGGACACACUCAGGGGAAAAGCCGUAUGUUUGCAGUGAGUGUGGCCGAGGAUUUGCUUGGAAGUCAAGUUUGCUUCACCACCAAGUCUCACAUUCAGGUGGAAAGCUAUAUGUUUGCAAUGAGUGUGGCCGAGAAUUUACUCGUAAGUCAGUCUUUCGCAGGCACCAAAGGACACACUCGGGAGAAAAGCCCUAUGUUUGCCUUGAGUGUGGCCGAGGGUUUGCUCAGAAGCCACAGUUGUUCUGCCACCAAAGGACACACUCAGGGGAAAAGCCCUAUGUUUGCAGUGAGUGUGGAAGAGGAUUUCCUCUGAAGUCAACCUUGUUGUGCCACCAAAGGACACACUCAGGGGAAAAGCCAUAUAUUUGCGGUGAAUGUGGCCGAGGAUUUGCUUGGAAGUCAAGUUUUCUCUACCACCAAAGCACACACUCAGGGGAAAAACCAUAUGUUUGCCGUGAGUGUGGCCAAGGAUUUGCCCGGAAGCCACACUUGUUGUGCCACCAAAGAACACACUCUGGGGAAAAGCCAUAUGUUUGCAGUGAGUGUGGCCGAGGGUUUGCACGGAAGUCAACCUUGUUGUGCCAUCAAAGGACACACUCAGGGGAAAAGCCCUAUGUUUGCAAUGAGUGUGGCCGAGGAUUUCCUCAUAAGUCAACAUUGCUCUGCCACCAGAGGACACACUCAGGGGAAAAGCCCUAUGUUUGCGGUGAGUGUGGCCGAGGAUAUGCUUGGAAGUCAAGUUUGCUCUACCACCAACGGAUACAUUCAGGGUAA